GGACAAUCACAUAUCAUACCAUCCUAUAAAAUCCGAGAAAUCAUGAGUUCUUUCCUUAACAAGUACCAUAAAAAUCACCCUAAAAAGCCAGAUACGCCCAGUACCAAUAGCUCGGUUAAUUCAUCAACACACAAUGUGACAUCGACGAACGUUUCAUCCAGUACCCAGGUUGCAAGUACAGCUUCCCUCAAAAGUGGAACGGGUGAAGGCAGUAAACAUCGCAAUCAUAAAAGUCAUAGAAGUCAUGACGUAUCCACCAGCUCACUUAGCACCAUGGUAAAUAGCUCAUCAAGCUCCGCAAAGGGGGCUAAGAAUACAGAUUCGGGCAAUGGGGGUCAUCAAGAGAAAAAGAGCAGUCAUGAGCCUGGCACCACACCCUCUCAAGCUCCAGUAUCAAAACCAAGACCAGAAUUAAAACAAGCAUCUAAAAGUUUUCUAUUACGUAAAGAUAUUGAUCCUGAAGAGAAGAAAAAGGAGGAGAUACUCGAACAAGAGCAUAGAGAUUUGCAGGCGCAAAAGCACUCGGAUUUCACCUACGUGAAGGCACACGACGAGGUAAAGCUAGAGCAAUUAAGAUAUCAGCUAGCUAAAGAACACCUUGAGUUUCUAAAGAAGAAGGAUCCAUCCGCGGCUGGAAAAGAAAUUGAGGAGCAAGAAAGGGAAGUGGAAUCUACAAGGAAAACUCGUAAUGAAGCGGACGCAAAAUUCAAAAAAAUUCAUGAAAUAGACGAAGGACUAGCGGAAGCACAAAGGGUGUUAUUGAGCAAAAUGAGAGAGGGUAGUUCUUACAGGAAAAAAGUAGAAAAAAUGAAUCGAAGGAAAGAAAAAGAGACUCAAGAAUGGGAAAUUGAACAGGCUGAGGAAAAGGAGAGGGUCAAACAGGCUGCAAAGAAAGCUGAUGAGGCGGAACAGAAAAAAAUUGCAAAUGAGAUGAAGACAAAAGAAAAAACCAGAAUGAAGGAAACUGAGGUGAAAAUGUACAAUAGAGACGAAUUUGAAAAGUCACGGUAUAAGGAAAAGAAAAGGGAACGAGAACGAGGAAGAAGGGAAAAGUAACAAUAUUUCUCAAUCCUGAAUGAGACGAUGUUUACUCUUCA